GCACCGGUCAGAUCACAGGCAGGAUCCUUCCACUUGGCUGCUGUGGGGCAAAAAGGCGGGCGCCGAGGAGAGGAGCACCCGGCCACCCCAGCUCUCUCCCCAUUCUGCACCGCCUCUCACCCCCCUCUCUGCUGCCGGGGCCAGGGAGGGGACCCUGAGGGCAGGGCUCAAAGGAAGCACCUGGCUGGGCCGAGCCGGGAAGCGGAGGGUGGGCAGCAACGCGGGGGGCCAGGGCAGGAAAGGGGGUCGGAGUCUAGGGGUCGGGCCGAGCCUCUCACCCCGCCACUCCGCCGCACCCUCGCCCGCCGCUGGGCUCUGGGGAGGCGGCCACGGGUCAGCUGGGUCCCCCGCCGCGCCAGCUGCGGCCAGCUGCCUCCCGCCGGCCCUAGGCGCGCGUCCGCGGCUCACCCGCCCCCUACGGGGGGCCGUCCCUCCGCAGCACCCCCCCGAGACCCCGCCCCUUACGAUGCGCCGCGGGGAGCAGGCGAGACGGCGGGGCUAGAGAGCCCGUUCCGACCGAGCGGCAGGCCGGAAGUGCCUGGUUUGGGCUUGCGCUCGCGCUACCAACUUCCGGGCCGGGACUCCUACCUUCAGCUAGUACGCAGACCGCAUCGCGGGGAGCCCAGCUGAUCAGGAUGAUCACAGACGUCCAGCUCGCCAUCUUCGCCAACAUGCUGGGCGUGUCGCUCUUCCUGCUUGUCGUUCUCUAUCACUACGUGGCCGUCAACAAUCCCAAGAAGCAGGAAUGAAAGUGGCGCUUUCUCCGCCCCAGGGUUCCAGGACAUAGUCUGAGGCAAGAUGGAGGGUAUGAGGGGCCUUCACACUUCACUUCAUCCCUCUACCCAUCACAGCAUACAAAGCAACUACACCUGGAUUUUUCCAAACAACUUUUAUUUCCUCAAAGUCUUCCUUAACCCUAUGGAACAAGAAGCUGUUACUGAGUAGGGCCCAGUAUAGGGGUUUCUUUUCUACUCCCCCCAAUAUAAAAAUAUAGAUAUAUUUCUUUGUG